GUGGAAGAAACUGGAACAUGUGAAAAGAAACGAAAGAGAAAGCAGAAUUUUCUGGAACAUCCUAAAUUAUCCUUUCACUUCCUAUAAAUGCUGCAUCAGUCCCUUUACACAUCAUCGAACAAGAAGAUAAUUACCUGUUUGCCAUUUCACUAAAUCUCCCAACUUUCGAUUCUCUGCAAGUUAUAGGAUUUGAAGAUGUCUCUGAUUCCAAGUAUCAUUGGCCGAAGGAGCAACGUCUUUGAUCCCUUUUCCAUGGACGUGUGGGAUCCCUUCAAGGACUUUCCUUUCCACAAUUCUCUUGCUGCUUCCAUCCCCGAAUUUUCUCGCCAAAAUUCUGCCUUUGUGAGCACCCGUGUGGACUGGAAGGAGACUCCAGAGGCACACGUGUUGAAGGCUGACAUUCCAGGACUGAAGAAGGAGGAAGUGAAGGUGGAGAUCGAAGAUGAUAAUGUUCUUCAGAUUAGCGGAGAGAGGAAUGUUGAGAAGGAAGAUAAGAAUGACACGUGGCAUCGUGUGGAGCGUAGCAGUGGGAAGUUCGUGAGGAGGUUCAGAUUGCCUGAGAAUGCAAAAAUUGAUCAGGUGAAGGCUUCUAUGGAAGAUGGGGUUCUUACUGUCACUGUUCCUAAGGAAGAGGUUAAGAAGCCUGAAGUCAAGUCCAUUGAAAUUUCUGGCUGAGCUAUGUUACUUUGUUUAUGACCGCGUCUUUUUGUUUUGAUGAGGAUCUUGUGUGGGAGUGAUACAAUAAAAAUACUGUAAAAUGCAAGUCUUUUUGUUUUGCUGAGGAUCUUGUGAGUGAGUGAUAUAAUAAAGAUACUGUAAAAUGUACCGAAUGGUUGUGGUUGUUGAGAAAUAGAAUAUCAUUUUAAGAGUCUUGCUCCUAA